AUGCCGCUCAACGUCUUCCGCGUCGCCGCGGAUCUUUCCCAUCUGGGAAGCAUCUUUAUCCUCCUCCACAAGAUGGUGCAGAUGAACAGCUGCUCCGGCAUUUCCUUCAAGUCACAAGCGCUCUAUCUCUUUGUCUACGUCACGCGAUAUCUCGACCUCUUCUCGACACAUAGCUUCUACAAUCUCGUCUUCAAAGUCAUGUUUAUCGGUUCGCAGGGCUACAUCAUCUACCUCAUGACCAACGCCUACAAGCCCACCAACGACCCCAACGUCGACACGUUCCGCGUCCAAUACCUCCUCGGUGGCGCGGCCGUCCUCGCCAUCCUCUUCCCGUACAAGUACACCAUCUCGGAGAUCCUCUGGGCCUUCUCCAUCUGGCUCGAGUCGGUCGCCAUCCUGCCGCAGCUCUUCAUGCUGCAGCGCACCGGCGAGGCCGAGACCAUCACCACCCACUACCUGUUCGCCCUCGGCAGCUACCGUGCGCUCUACAUCCCCAACUGGAUCUACCGCUACUUUGCCGAGCCCGACCACAAGCCCGACUGGAUCGCCAUCAUCGCCGGCCUCGUCCAGACCGUCCUGUACAGCGACUUCUUCUACAUUUACUACAACAAGGUGCUCAAGGGCAAGAAGUUCAAGCUUCCUGUAUAA